UUUUAACUCUAAUUCUUCAUCUAUCAAAACCAAAGUCUUAAAAAAAUACUUUGGCGGAAUCCUCUCAACUCUCUGCAGUCAUGGAGGAGGGUAAAAUCACAGAGUAUAAUUCUGUGAGUUCAUUGAAACUUCAAGGAAAAGGUGGAUUUAGAGCUACCUCCUUUAUCUUUGGUUUGUUGGGAUUGGAAAACAUGGGUUUUGUGGCAGUGAUGGUGAGUUUUGGUUUGUACUUCAGUUUUGUGAUGGGUUUUGAUCUGAGUGGAUCAGCGAAUACUCUCACUAACUUGAUGGGCUCAACGUUCUUGCUAUCCAUUCUUGGUGGCUUCAUUUCUGAUACUUACAUCAACAGAUUCCACACUGUCCUCAUUUUUGGACCCUUCGAAAUUAUAGCGUUCGCAUUGAUAACAAUUCAAGCUCAUUAUAAGAGUUUACAGCCAGUAUGUUUGGAACCAAAUUGCAUAUCAGGAAAGAAAGCUAUAUUCUUCUAUGCAUCACUUUGUUGUUUUGCAUUGGGUGGUGGUGGGGUUAAAGGAGCAUUGCCAGCAUUGGGUGCUGACCAAUUUGAUCAGAAGGAUCCAAAGGAAGCUAAAGCUCUUGGAAGAUAUUUCAAUUUGCUCAUGUUUAGUUCAGUGAUUGGUGGAGCAUUUGGGGUCACAUUUGUUGUCUAUGUUAGUACAGUUAACGCUUGGUGGAAAGGUUUUCUCAUAAGUUUGGUUUCUGUCACACUUGGUUUUAUUUUCUUUGCCUUGGGAAAGCCUUUUUUUCGACUUCAACAACCUGCUGGCAGUCCACUUACUAGAAUUUUCCAGGUUAUUGUUGUGGCAAUAAAUAAUGGAAAGCUGCAAUUACCAGAAAACAGUGAGGAGCUGUAUGAGAUUAGUGAGAAAGAAUCAGACUCAUCACAGCCAAAACUUGCACAUACUAAACAAUUCAGGUUUUUAGACAAAGCUGCAAUCCAUCCUAAAACAGGUGAGCCUACAGCAUGGACAGUUUGCACUGUGACACAAGUUGAAGAAGUUAAAGUAUUAACAAGAAUGUUACCCAUCAUAGCUAGUACCAUUAUAAUGAACACAUGUAUGGCCCAACUCCAAACAUUCUCCGUAGCACAAGGCUAUCGAAUGAACCGUUUCAUUAAGAAAUUCGAGGUACCAGCACCCUCAGUGCCCGCGAUCCCACUAAUCAUCAUGUGUAUUCUCAUUCCAAUUUAUGACAUGGUUUUCGUCCCCUUUGCUCGAAAAAUCACCAAACACCCCUCAGGGAUCACUCAACUCCAACGCGUUGGGGUCGGGCUAGUCCUCUCGAUCGUGUCAAUGGCUGUUGCUGCCCUAGUUGAGAUCAAAAGAAAGCACCAUUCAUUGAAAGAUCCAUUGCACCCAAUUCACCUAGCUUGGCUUGGAUUUCAAUAUUCUAUUUUUGGUAUAGCGGACAUGUUUACCUUAGUGGGCUUACUUGAAUUUUUCUACAAAGAAGCACCUGUUGGAAUGAGGUCCUUAUCCACUUCAUUUACAUGGAUUUCAAUAUCUUUGGGCUUUUUCUUGAGUAGUGUACUUGUUGACAUUAUCAAUUCAGUGACAAAAAAAAGAGCACCAAGCAAAAAAGGAUGGUUAGUGGGCUUAGACUUGGAUCAGAAUAAUUUGCACCUCUUCUAUUGGUUCUUGGCAAUUCUUAGUGGGCUUAAUUUUUUGAACUACCUUUAUUGGGCUUCUUGGUAUAAGUACAAAACAGAUGAGAAUGUGGAUCCCAAGACCAAGCCCAAUUUAGGUGAUUCCAUCGGCUUGUCCAAAUCAGUGUCAGUGAGUGGAGUGCCAUUGCUGAAGCCCAGUGAAAGUGCAGUAGCAAUGCCUACCAUUAAUGAAUCAUCAAAUGGGCCAACUGAGGAAGCUAAUGAAAAUUCAGCAGCAGCAAACAGAGGAUAAUAAUGUGAAACAUUUAAUAGAAUAAAAAA